CGAUUUUGUCCCGUGAGUGUUAAACAUUAAACUAUCUAACUUUUGUUCCACUAAAAAAACAUUCAUAACAAUGCCUAUUUAAUUUGAUCUUUUCUACUAUCCAGUGUUACAAAAACAUAAACAAGAUUAGUAUUUAGACUAUAAGAGACCUUUAGAAAUGAUUCCUACAAAAGCCAUGUCUAACUAAUAUUGAAUCAUGUUGGAUGUUCAUUAACAAAUGUAUGUAUAUUUAAUAGCUUAAUAUUCUGUUUAUGUCAGGUACACUGUUGAUCAACAAGGUCACUAUCAAAAAGCUCGAAAAAGUUAUCACUUCAAUAAUAAUGAGGAAGUAACAUAUGGGAUCGACUUUUCUGAUUUUAAUGAAGCCAUCACACAAACAGAUUUUAUUCUUAACGAUAAUGGAAACAAGAUCACAAUGAAAUUGAUUGCCGGUUUUCUUGGCAUCGGGCAGAAUCCAAAAACGAAUGCUCUUCGACCAAUUCUUGGCUGGUUGACAGCUCUACCUUUAGCCAAGCCUCCGAUAAGAAAAACUUGGGAUGAAAUGUGA